AUUACGCGCAAAGAAGACGCCAAAAGUCAGGACAACAAAAGGCGGAUUUAUCAUUUUGUUCUCUAGAGUGAAAUAGAUUGAGCACUUCUUGAGAAAAAAUGGAUCAUUAACAGUGUCCUGUCAGGUAAAGUGAUGAUAUUUUUUUCACUUGUCUCUUAGAACUAGAGAAAGCUUUGAACUAAUGAGGUCGGGUUAUCUUAAUGAACUGUACACUCUUGAAUGUUUCGAUGGUAACCAUGCACCCAUAUAAAUUCUAAUUAGAGACCGUACGUUUUCUUCUCAAGGACAUUCCUCUUCAAAAAGUCGCCUAAACUUGAAAGUAUGCCUACGAUUGUUUGAAAACCUACAAAAACCGGCCGGCGAAUACCCCUGCGUCAAGAUUUUCUGACGUGAAAUUCGAAACUCCUGUAUGUUUCCAAAUCUUUAUAAAGCUUCGCACGCCAUUUUGAUUAAGAAAUGAUUAUAUUUCCCCUAGCCGAUUAACUUUUAAUCGUUGACUUCCCAUUUAAAAGAUAACAUUUCUCAUCACUCUGAUGCCUUAAAGUUCUAGUGAUUGCACUGAAUGCACAAAACUGUCAAUAAUUAUGUUAUUGCCUCGUGCUUCACCAGCUUUAUUUAUUGCCUUGUGUCUUUCUUUUCUUUAGCAUUACAGCAUUAAUUGCUUCGUAGAAAGUUGACAUUCCUUUUUCGUUAUAACUACAAGAUGGGUUCAUUGCCGACUUUGAAUAUUUUUAGUUCACUCUUCACGAAUGACAAACCAAACUACUUGAAAAAUCGGAAGGAAAAUUAGUGCGUAGUUUGUGUAAACAUUUAUAUACGCACCUACUUGUAUCGUUCGAUCGAAAUUUGAGGAAUUUAAAGUUUUAUCUUUUGCUGAAAUUAUUGAUUUCGAUGGUAACUUACUUGAGGUGGUCUGCCUUUUUGAAGUUUGAAUUUGCACGCGAGAAUUAUUACAAACGCUUUCCCGACGCCGAAUCAUGGCUCUUUAUCGACUCAGCUGCUGACAUGUACAUCAAAGCAUUGAUCUGGAAAAAUCUUUUUGUAUUUUGAAAUACAUUAACGACUUAGCUUUUCACAGGUUGACAAUGUGUCCUUCUUUUUCUUUGAAACCCAAAUAGAAUUUUAUCUUUUAGUUUGGCCUGUUCUAGUUUAUCCUGUCAACGAUAGUUUAAAUUUAUGGCUUAUUCGCAUUCCACUUGCAAAAGUAAACAUUCUAUUUGACAAACUUCAAACAUCCUGACCUUCUUUGACGCUCCAUUUCUAGGUACCAACAGAUAUUUUACCAGUGCAAAUUACACUGUAGUGGUCUUGAGUUGUUUUGUUUUAUAAAGACGGAGAGACAGGAAAAGAUAAAUUAUAUUUUUUACUUCUUUUUUUUUUGUGGUAUAUAAUCUAGGCAAUCAUUGGAUAAAGCUGAGUAUGAUCUGAAGAAAUAUGGAGAUGGAGGAGGGUCUUAUAAUAUUGGCCGAGGCUGCAAGGCUGAGGCAUAUAUCACCCUCUAAGAUUUGUACAUUUCUUCAGAUCAUACGAAAGGCCAAUCAAAUAAUUAUUUUAUUUUUCAGUCAAAAUAAUUCCUACUUUAAAAUCAAGCUAAAACAUGCUUACCUUGAUGGAUGUUACAGUGUCGUCAUUUGCCUGUUUUCAGGCAAGUUAAGGAUAUAUAGUGGAUAUUUCAUGGUCAUACAGAGACACAAAAUUUCUCUUCGAGUGUUAAAAAAUAUUUCACGAGUGAGUGAAGUGAACAAGUGAAAGAUUCCUCAAAACAAGAAGAGAAAUUUUGUAUAUCGAUGUGGCCAUGUAAUGUUCUGUUUAUUAUGCAAAAACCAAUGAGAUACCAAACCAUUUCACUUUAAAAUACUUUUUUGCUGCGAAAGAUUUUUUUUUGUCAUGUAGUCAUAACAGAUGUGAUCUUUCCACCUGUGAAGAUAACAUGUUAUUUUCAAAUGUAAUGAUGUUAUGGUAUUUCAUUAGUGUUCUUUAGGGACAUUUGCUUUGUUUUAUUAACAUUAACAAAUUCUUUCUUAUUCCAGAAAAAAGUUACUGUUGAAAUAUGGGCAUCUCUGCAAGCAUAGCACAUUCAUCAAGAAAGUACCGUACUAGAGAGGAAUUACCACACUCCCAAAGGUCAAGACAUUCAGCCAGUGGUGGAAGAGAUGGAAAUGAAGAUGAUACAGCCAGUGUGUCAAGCUUCAGACCCUCAAGCCCACUAGCUCAUCAGGAUGCAAGAGCCUUUACUUUUAAUGGAACUCACACAAAACCACGGGAACUAAGAAGACAAGAUGUAAACCGACAUAGUUACUAUAGCAACAGGGAUUUUGGCAGUUAUCCAGGAAAUAGAGGCAGCUAUCAUGGGAGUAUGGAACGUGGUUCUUGGGCUGGAAGUGGUUCACGUUCUGCAUAUGGUACACCAAGAGGUGUAGGAUCUAGAGCUUUGGUUUCACAGAGUUCUUCUAGUUUCUAUGCACCUGGUCGCACAAUGCGUGAUGUCAGAGAAUAUUUGAUGAGUAAUCCAGACUUACUAGCAGGUAAGAAGAGUAGGAAAGUUAGACAGCCUACGGAGAGUGAGUUGUAUGGUUUAACAAACAGUAAUUACAAGCAAAUGAAGACUAAGCAGAAUGUUUAUAUGGGACUUAUAAACCCUCCAGUGAUCUAUGGAAUGGGAGCCAGACCAAAUGAUCGUGAUCGGCAACUCAGAGUAGACCAGAAGUUGUAUCUUAAUCUUGUGUAUCCAACUAUUAGAGCAAAGGAGUAUCACAACCAAGCAAUUAGGUCUCGUCCACCACUCAAACAUGAUGGCAUGGUUGUGGUAAGAAGGGAUGACCAUUUGCGGCAGCCAAAUGGCUACGUUAGAAGACCAUUACCACAAAUGCACGUGUCGAGACUUCAUGAAGCUCCCUUAGCGAGAACUUAUCCUGAGUCUAUUUAUGGUGACAGGGCACUCUCUGCUCCUUUGCCAAAGGGUAGAGGUCGCCCACCAACAUCAAGCAAAGGUAUUCCCAAAAGAGGAAGUAAUGACUAUAUUGAUUUACCACAUAUUACUGAGGAACCGCACACAAGUCGAUCUGUUAAAAGUGAGAGGCAAGUCCCUGAAUUCAGGCAUAUGAAUGGUCAUGUUAAUCAUGAACAACCAACGCAAAAGACCGCAACACAAAAGACUGCAAGAGGAGUUAAUGACGAUGAUGAAGUGGUUUUUUCAUUCAAUGUGGAUGAUUUAGAACUGAGGAAAAAGUCUAGCAAGGAAAGAGAACAAGUUGUACCUCUUUACUUCAGGAAAUCUCUGGCUUAUAGCCCUAAGUAUGAGUACAGUGAAGACCUUUUGUCAAGUCCAUUGUGAAGAUAAAGACCUCAUGUACUAAUAAUAAACAUGCUUAGCUGUAACAGUUCACUUUAUGUUAGAAGAUCGCAAAUUGAGGCAAAAUUGAAAUGUUUGUCAUGCACUGUACAUGAAAAUUUACCUCUCACCAUGUAGACAUUGCUAUUACAGACACCCCAAUGAUGUCAACAACAGCUAAAUCCCCUUUGAAGAUCAUUAACAAAAUGUUUGACUGAAAUAUAAUGUACACUCCUGCUAUUA